AUGGCCGCAGAGCCAAUUUCUGACCAGCUUCUCGGGUCUAAGAACAAGAAAGUUGCCUAUUUUUACGACUCCGAUGUGGGCAACUACGCCUAUGUCUCGGGUCACCCCAUGAAACCCCACCGCAUACGCAUGACACACAGCUUAGUUAUGAACUAUGGCCUCUACAAGAAAAUGGAGAUAUAUGUGAGAGUUCUUUUCUUCUCUCGCUUUGCCGUUGGCUGA